AGGCGUUGAAGUGGUUACGGAGCUGGGCCUAUCCCAGUCUCACAAAGCGGAAACCUUGUAUUCUCUCGUCAUCCUCCAAAAGAGCUUACGUAUUUCAUGGUAUUUGCGCAUCCAAACGUGAAAUGAAAGGCAACUUUAUACGCAAAUGAGUAGUUAUUGAAAUUUAAGGAAUCUUUCGGCUUUAGAUCACAAUGUAGUCAAUGCAUUGAUAUCCUACAGACAUCUGGGAGUAAAAUUAAGAGCUAUUUCCACCGAUCGACUCGAACAUUUGAACACAAAGAUGGCCAAAAAUUUGGGACUUUUGAAUCCCGCUCUCACUGGAAGUACUAUCAGCCUUGAUCGACGAAGCAACUCAAGUUUAAACGUUAUUGACAAUGCAAUGUAUACCGAUGUAGAUUCGGGGAAUCCUUACAACACACUGCAACGCAAUGACAACCAUCAAGUUAAUCCAAGGCCAAAAAGAACUCAAAAUGCUGUAUAUGAUAACAUUAAUAGCCCCAAAGAAGUGGGGCAAAAUCAGUCAAGGACUUCUCAAACACCGAAGAAACCCGGUCGCGCGAGACAAAGGAAAAAUGGAAGAAUAUUUCGCGUUGUAUUGAUGUUUCUGAUUGUUCUUGUGGCUAUCAUAGCUUUACUGCUUGUUCUUCUGUUGAUGAUGGGGAAAGUUGGUCCAAAAUGUCGCUGCCGUACUUCAAAUUCAGGUGAGAAAGUAUUUUUUGCUCGUUAUUUUUAUCAGAUUUUGGUACAUGUAUCUUGAGAGCGAGCUGGCAAUGUUUAUCGCGGCAAGGGAUAACGUGUACUUGAAUGCAAAUUUAAAUUCAGCUGAUAUAUUGACUGUUAAACAUUUUGCCUUCAAAUAACAUAAUUUUAAUUCCCUUUUUAAUUAUUGAUUCUACUCGUAUAUAAAUGGAAAAGUAACGCGCCCGUUGUUUUAGUUUCGACUUUCCGUUCUCGGCAAUUUUUUGGAAAUUACCGUGUCAUAGACUGUCGUAUUGAUUUAUGUCGUGAAAACAUUUCCAGAAGAUUCUAACUAAGCUUUGUGUCAAACGUACUCCAGAAUGAAAAUAAAUAGAAUGAAAAGUAGAAAUUGCUUGUCUAGGCAAGAAACCUCAAAGAGUAGUGCAAGAAGAAAUAAAAGGAGUACUUGAGAAUUAGCUGAGUGUUGAUAAAGUGGAUACAAACAUAACUGGCGAGUGCCCUUUGACGGUUCCAAUCUUCCAAAAGAGUACAGCUCAUGCCGCAGCAGAACAUUACGGCAUUCGCAAUCGCCUGCCCCAAUUUUCCCGUGCAUGAGAAGUAGAAGUGAAAUUAGAAGCUAUUAGAAGACCAAGCAGCGUUGAGACCAGAAUUAAACUCUUCUCAGUAUAUAUACUGAAAAUUUUCCUGUGACUUUUCAGGGAUUCGCAUUGAAGCUAAAGCUCGGUUAAGAUAUUCUAAAAUGGUCAUGGGCAGAUUCUCAAUUUAGCUAUUCCCUGACUCGGGCGGCAGUGAAAUGCGGCACGACCAAAAUUCGAAAAAAUCUUUGACACGUUCAGUUGUACAUGGACCUUGUUUUCGCUUAAAAGUGAUUAGGAAAUCAGGGCUUUACUGCCAUUAACGAUCGACUUUUGUCAAAUGACUGCCAAAAGGAUGCUCCGUUCAAGCUACGUUUAUCGCGCCAAUAGUUUGCUUCUUGCUAUAAAAACCAUAUUCGAAGAGUCAGCGGUUAAAUCCGAAAUUUCGCCAUCAUUUUAUUUUACAUAAGCGAUUGACCCUCCCAAAAGCCUUUAAAAAUUAUAUAUAUAACAAAAUUUUCGACAUUCAAAACGGCUGUAAAUCAAUCAAAAAAGUUUCCUGCCCCCGAUCACUAGUGUUUGGUCUGGCUACGGCAAAAUAUCUUCCGCCCUCAGUCCGCUGCAAUGUUCAGGCUGACAAUUUUUCCUAUUUAACCCGCCAGGAGGACCCGGGAGGACCAAGAGUGCUCUUUCCUUUUCGGAUAUGACUUGGUGCUAAAAGAUGACUCUGGUAGGCGGCAUAUAUUACCCUACCCUAGAAAUGUUGGAUCAGUAUACGUUUCUGGGAAACUGCCCACCUACGCCCUCCCCAAAGACAACAUUAACACUUACUUCUCACUUGAGGCAAAAAAUGUUGGUUUAGGGGAGGGGUAGGUGGGCAGUUAUGGUCAUUUGAUUAUCAAACGUUUAAGAGCACCCCCAGAAGACGGGACAUAGUAGGCAGUUGUCUCUUGUUUUAAACGGUAAAUGGACAAAUAUUGUCUUUUCGAUCUUUUCCUUGUCUUGUCUAUUUAUUCUUUCAAACAAGGAACAACUGCAUUGCAUUAAACUCACUAUUGCUUUUGUGUUUGUGCUCAAAAAAGCCAUUUUAAUUUAAAGAUAAAAUCGCCCUUAGGUCAAUUUCUUGUUUUGCAUACUUUAAUGCCCGCUAAGCCAAUGAUCAUGGCGACGCUAUUAUAAGCGCUGUAAAACGUAUUCAACUGCAUCGAUCUUUCACAUAUCUCGAAUUCUUCAGUUGGUCAGAGUUAACUCAAUAUCAUGAACACGUGCAUAGAAGCGAAAUGUUUCGCUUUCCUUUUCAAUAUCAAAGAAAAAACAAAGCACACGUAACAAGGUCAAAAUUAGGAGUAAUUCAUCUCAACGACUAUUGAACAUCAAUUAGAUUAGUCAAGUUACUACAUCGUAAUUUGCGUGUGAAUACAAUAAGUGGAAUGGCUGACUACCCACCAUCUGUUAAGACCAACUGGGAAGCAAAACAACAAGUAGCUUUACCUCCUAGGCCUCGGGCUGACUCCAACUCAUCUUAUGUUGUCUUAAGUAAAACAGCAAAAGAUAAACACGGAGUUUAUUCUUCGAAAAGUAGCGCAAAAGAAAAGGAAAAACGGCGAAAAAAGCCGAAAUCUGUCACGGGAAACUACUCAAGGACCGUACGAACUUUGAAUGAUGGAUAUCAAAUCAAAAGCCAUCUCGAGCGCCAUGGCUGUUGUCACGGACUAUGCUACCAUCGUUUUCUUCAGUUUCUUGUUUUAUUCUUUUCUGUUGCUGCUUUGACUUUAGUCAUUCUUAUGGUCUUCGGCGUUUUGGGACCAGCCCAACGCUGUCGCGCUUGCAAUGAAACUGAAGGUAAGCUUACCGCUUCCGCAGUUGAAAGCGCCUCGUUUCUGAAAUGGAUGCCCCCAUUUAUUUCAAGCUUGGUAAUUCUGGUAUAAUUUGACUUAAAUAAUUAACUUCCUUUCACGGUAAUGAGCUGUGGGGCGCUGGAAAGCCCAUUUAAUAAUGUUUAGCAUCAUUUCACUGGUUCGUUUAACAAGUUAGCUUUCAGCCGUAUUCAGUUGCCCCAAAGGCUAUCAUUUGUUCAGUUCACCCUUGUUUUUUAUUUUCACAUUCUAAAGUUUGAAAAUAUCAUCUAAAGUUAUAAUAUUCUAAGAGGAAAAAGCUGACGGAAAUAAAUGGCUUUGUGGGGAAGUGUGUGGUGGUUAGAGGAGCGCACAUGACUCUCCAUCGAACCAACGAAUACAUGUAUUGAAUAUAUAGAUUGACGUGAAUUAUAAGUGGCAUGUUUUUUAUAUGGCUAAGUAUAAAAAUUAUUCUCGAUUCUUUGCCCACUUUUAAGAGUCAAACAGAAUUUGUUAGAUACUGUGUCUUUAACGGGAAAUAGCUGAAAGAAUGUGGGCUAUGUCUUAACCCUUAACUUAUACGUGUAGUUUCAAAAGACGUUUUCGAUAUUUUCAGCAUUUUCUGCAGUUUUAAUUUAUUUCAAUAUGGAACUCUACAGUUGCUCCUUGCUGUGCAUGUACUGCCAACGCUGUACUUGAUAAAGCGCGAGAAAACGUGGAUUGCAUAAACCCCCGGACUGGUUUCAAGACCCCAGUACACUCAUCGCCGGCUAGAACAAAUAGCAAAAUGUUGCCUUAAGCGAGGGGUAGGUGGGCAGUUUCCCAGAAACGUAUACUGAUCCAAAAAAUAAAUAGGCAAUUAAUAAAAUAAACAGUAAGGUCACUGUAAGAACUUAAAAGACUAAGGAUCGAUUUGAUUUUCAACUCUAGGAACUUCACCAAAAGUGGGUAGACAAUCUUCUGAAGACCAAAACAAACAGAAUGAAACAGAGACGUCUUCUAAAAAUACGUUUAACAUGGACUUCUCUCCAUUUUACGACAUCUUGGAGGAUUUGCAAGCUAAUAUUUCGUCUCUUCGUCAAGAAGCAGUAAGUCGACAACUGUGAAUUAUAUUUUUGACGGGUAUUUAGACUAGAGCAGAUUUCUUUAGGCUUUUAUCCACAAACUUUAAGUCAGAGUCACAUUAUUUGCCGGUCAAGACGUUAUUCGAAAGAAUUUGAGUGCAGGCAUACAACACUGAUGCUAAUAUGAUUUUGCACGAUAAUACUUCAAUGUGCGCCCAGCACUGGUUAAUAUUGCGAAUUAAUUCUCUCUCAGCCUACCAGGCUGCAUGAAUAUCCCUCGCAGUGAUGCAUUGCAUUGUUGCCGAGUGGCUUUCUGUACGUGAGAACCUUUGGUCCUCUUGUGUUUGUCGCUCGGUGACUGGUCGGGAUUGUUGUUCGUAGCUCGUUGCUGUAACAUGCUCUGCUCGGGUGCGAUAAUCCUGAGAAAUUGCUAGCAGUCCAAUUAGAAACUUUGGUUAAAAUAAUUAAUCUUUAAAUUAUCUUGCUCAACAAUCAGAGAUAUAAGCGAUAUUUGCUGAGAAAACAUUGGCCAUCAAAACCGGCGGAAUGAGUUAGUUGACGAGGGGUGGAAAGGUGUUGAUGGAGGUGGUAAAGUCGGAGUCUAUAUACUUUCUGCAUAAUAAAUAUGAUAUAGACGUUAUGAAACGCCUUAUUUGUUCCUCUGUUAAAAGUGGUAAACCAAUUUUUUUUUUCUGUGAAGGAAUCGCUACUUCAACAAUCAGAAGGGAACACGGAUACGCUUCUGGCAGCCAAAACAAAGUUCAAUUUCACAAGACACGAGAUUACACUGUUUUACAAUACGUUCUAUGCUGUGGUUAACAAUGUAAGCCUUGUUGUAUUUAGAUGACGCUUUGAGUUUAAAUUAUGCUAUCUAUAUUAUCGGUCUUCAGUGAAACAUUUUUGGUUUUCAAUUUGCUUGUCACUCUUAGAAGGAAUUCUAAUAUUCAGAUGCCUGUUAGAUCCUAAUACAUCCAAUCCUCACGUUUUAUCAGGGGCUUAGGAGAAUAUUUUCACAUGUAGCUGGUGCAAAAAGUGAACUUGCAAAUGUGCUGAAUUAAAAGUUUGCUAGUCGCUAAAAGUGCUCUCUAAUUUGUUUUUGGGUGUAUCUGUUUGCAGGUCAAUAAUUCUUUGCAGCAGUUUAGCCAUGACAAUGGGCCAGUGUCUGGUCAACUUCAAGCAUUAAAUACCACGUUUACAAACGAGGUACGUAAUACAUUAAGCUUAUCCAGUGACCUGAAUCGUAUGCAAAUGUUCUACCAAAGUCGGUUGCAUGCCGAAUUGCUGGUUUGUGAAAUAAAGUACAUGGAUUGAUUUGAGUCCAUUUAAUCUGAUCUUGCAGUUGGCAGAGAUGAAGCAAACUUAUCAGCAGUAUAAUGACAUCAUCGACGAUGCUAUCCAAAAUAUGAACAAUACUAUCGCUGAAAAGGUUGGUAGACUGAUCAGCUGUUAAAUUCGCCACUUUAAAAACGAGUGGGAAACUGGGACAAGAUUAUUUCCCGCAAAGACUUCUGGGGCUGUUACUAAGGACAGGGGGAAAAUUGGCCAAUAGUUGACAUGCGCGUCUCCGUUAACCAUCCCAGACACAAUUGCGGGGAUCAUUUCGGCUUCAGUUUCCGUCUCGUUUCCAAAGUGGCAAAUUGGAAGUUAAAGGGAAUAUAUCACGGCAUUUUAGAGGCCAAUAUUCAAUAUUGGCCAGCUAUAUUAAUAUAGCUGGUGGUUUCAGUCGGGAUCAUUAACUUGGGAAGUAGCGCUUUUUGUUUAAGGAUUCGCCGCGCUGAAGCCGACAGUGUUCGGCCAAACAACAUUUCAAGGCAAUGUUUCAUAUCAAUCACGAUUUUUUAAAAACAUUGUUUUUCUAGGUAUCAAUUAGAAUUGCUGAACCUGGGCCAACUGGCGAGAAAGGACAAAACGGUUUCAGAGGUCCAAGAGGAGAUACGGGACCCGCCGGGCCAAAGGGCCCCAUGGGGAUACAAGGAAUCACCGGAGCAAAAGGGGACAAAGGAAUGAAAGGAGAUCCAGGCUUUCCAGGCAAAAAGGGCAGCAAGGGAGCGACCGGGGAUAAGGGAAUCAAGGGACCGCAGGGCGACACGGGUCCUCAAGGAAUUCAAGGAGAUACCGGUGAUCCAGGACCAAGAGGGAUCGGAAACUUCAGUUGGUGCCAGCCUAAAAUAAUUGAGCAAACAUCACCUGCUAGCAUUCCUGAUACUCAGGUAAUAUAGUUUACGAGCGUGUAAUAUCUGUAUUCUUAAGCAAUACUUGCUCACUAAAUUUUAGUUUCAAUUUUUCUAACCGAUGUUGGUCAGUCCAAGCUCAUACUGCAUAGCCUGCUUGCAAGCUCUCCGGUGGUUCCGGGGGGAAAGAGGGGACUCCAGACCCCAGACCCUGAUACCAAAAGCAGAGAUGCUAUAUGUGCAUGCCUUACAGCUGAAUUAUCUUUAACAGUAUAUUUUUCAUUUUUUAAAUUUUCACAGAAUACAAAGGUCAUUGGAGCAUAUUGCACAACAACUACUGCUGAUGCAGAAUCUAACUUGCAAGUACUAAUACAAUCGCCGCCAAAUCACAAUAGAUAUUCAUGCGUUUGUAAGAGCUCUGGAGGGAACCCACACUGUGCACUGCAUUACUGGGAGUGCCCCAUUCAUGCUCCAUAGCCAUUAUUAUUUACCUGAACUGGCACGAAUCAAGUCUUACCUACAGUCAACCACUACUGAAAAAUACCUGGAAAAACACAACAAAAAACUGCGGCCCCCUUUUAUUUCUGAUCACUACCAAAAGGAGACCUAUCCCGUAAGUGGACGUGAUCUCUUGAAUGGAUGUGUUCUUAAGUGGACAGUAUAGCAUAGUAAUAAUUAUAAAUCCACCACAAUAAAGACGUGUCAAUAUUUAUAUUUGGACAAAAAUGGAUUGUAACAUAUGAAUGGCACAGUUAGACUAGCCAAGAAGAGUAGUUCUUUCGUUAUAUACGUAAGUAAUUUCCUUACCUCAAAUUGUUUAACUUACUCGCCCCACGACGUCCUAGUGGUCUAUCCAACCUCCCAUCAAAGCUCAUUGAAGCAUAUUGCACAACAACUGAUGCUGGUGCAGAAUCUUAUAACGUGCAAGUACGAAUACAAUCGCCGCCGAAUCACAAUGUACACUCAUGCAAGUGCACUGCAUUACUGGGCAUGCCCGACUCAUGCUCCAUAGGCAUGAUCUGUACCUGAACUGGCAUGUUUCGUUUCUCUUUGAAUUAGUCUUAAUUACAGUCAACCUCUGUUAAAAAAUACCUCCCCUAAACGGACAACAAAAACUUUGGUCCCCUGUAAUCUCAUAAACGGACGUGUUCGUAAGUGGGCAGUAUAAUAUAUCAAUAAUAAAUCCACCACAAUCAAAAAGUGCUAAUAUUUAUAUUGGGCAAAAAAAGGAUUGUAACAUGUGAAUAGCACAGUUAUAUUAGUAAAGGCGUACUUACUUUCUUUGUAUCAAAUUAUUCUAUCUACCCCUCGAGGUCUUGGAGGUCUAUCCAACCUCCCAUCAGAGGACACCUGCGUCUGGUCCCGAAGGAUUUCCCUAGUGUGCCCACCUGCGAGGGCUAAACUGUAACUGCUCAUUUCUUCACGGCAAGCUCGUCCCCUACGCUUUUCCCUUCGGAGAUAAGGGAUCAGCCCAGGAUACAAGGCGUUUCCCAAUUACCAAUGCCAGAAUGUAGUUUAAAAAAAGGAGCAUAAUUACACAAUAAUAAUAAUGUUACAUAGUCCAUUUAUAUCUUUACGUAUGCGAACUUCUGGAGCUGAGCCAUAGAAAAGGUGAUUCAACGGAUUACAACGGAUUUUUUAUAUUUAAUAUUGUCUACGACGUUUCUUUCGUAGUUGAAGAGGACUUGCUUCAAUUUAUUGAAUUUUUACCUAGUGUACAGUCGCUGUCGGUAGCUGUUUUGAGGUUAAUGAAUUUAAACUUCUCAUUUUUUAUAUUUUCUUAUUUUUUAAAAUAAGAAAAUAAUUAACUAAAAUAAUUAAGUUAAUUAAAAUAAUCUUGUAUUAGGUACUAAGACCGUAUCUAUAGCUAGGUCUACAAGUUAAUUGGAAGUGAAUAAAAUGGCAGUCCAAUUAAAGACAAUAAUCAUCAAAGGUAAAAACGUGAAGGGGGCAAACAGUCUGAAGCGAGAGUGAAGAACGAAGAAUGAGACUGAGGAGAGAAGCGAAAAAUACGCGCGCGAACAAGGCAGGUACCCACCCCUCCCCUCAAACAAAUCUUUACCCAAUUUUGCUUGAGGGGAGGGGGCGGCUAUACACAGCCUACUUCCAAGGAUAUUCCCUAUAUAGAGAAAAGCUUACUUGCAAGAUUGCACACAGGCAAUGUAUGCCGGUAGUGAAGAUCAGAAUGAUUUUGUAAUCAAAAGUGCAAAAGUACCCCGGUAGAAUUCUUUUAAAAAAAACAUUAUGUACGCCACUAAGUACGUGGAAAGGUUUUGCUUAGCCUUGCUUUACAUAAUUGACAAUCGAUUACGACCUAUACGGUUUUCGCUCAAUGCGGGCGAUGGUUCAUUACGUCUUAGUUCUAAGUUUUGACCAAUAAGGCCAUUUCAUGGCACAUGAAGUCAAUCAUCACGGACGAUCGAGCUUUCAUUUCCUAUUCGGGCAAGGUCAGCAUAAUACGAAUUAUUUACAUCGCACAGCUGGAAUGUCUAGUUGCUUUUCAAGGUUGAAGGGUUUUAGCCUUAAUACGUCUCAGCUAGACAAUAAUGGCGACCAGAAAGGUAUAUCCAACAAGCUACGUGCUUGAGAACGCGGACGACAAGGACGAAACAAAUGAAAGAUCCGCUUCUAGAGUUGGUAAAAGUUUAGACGAAGAUGAACCCGACGAAGAAGCAGCAAGUAUCGCGACACGUGCACACAGAAAGAGAGUUGAAGCUGGGCUUCAAACUGCCAAUGCAAAACGUGAAUUCUUUCUUAAACGGCUUGUAAUCGCCUUAAUACUGCUAGUAAUUUUACUAGUAGUUGUCGUGGUAUCCUUGGUGAUAGCUCUCGUAAAAUCCAAAUGUAAAGAAUCGGAACCAGAAACAGGGACUGAUAAUCAACAAGGUAAAUGUCAAGUAAAUAUUCGACUCCAUGCAAACGUUACACUCUAGCUAUUGUUUAACAGUUGUCGGCAUAAGCUCGCAUAACUAAGCCAUCAAAGAAGUCAUGCAUCGAGGAACUCUUGGUUACCUUUCGUAUCAUUCUCUUACGGAACCAUAAGUGGUAGAGUUUACGAUAUUCAUUUUUAUUAAAAUCCAGCUAGUGGUCUAUUAUCAAUGCUACGUUCUGAUUGGUUGAGCCACUACUAGGCUAUAUGUUACAGCCCACUAGUAGCGAAAAGCGCCGGCUUUGAAAACCAAAACAGUGGCGACUGAAUCGCGUUUUGCUAGCUAAAGUUGUUUUGUCUCGAUAUUUUUGACCAACUUAAGCUGGAUUUUACUAGACAAUUAUUCCUCUCGCCCUCAUGGCCUCUCUGAGUCAAUAGCCCAUUCGGCCUUCGGCCUUUGUUAUAUGGCUAACUUCAUUAAUUAUGUGAAAGCUAAAGUGCUAAGCAUAAAGGAGACUGAUGUCUUCUUUUUAGCUUCAUUUGAAAAGCUGCAGGGAACCGCUCCCGGUGAUGAGACACUGGAUAGACUAAACGCCCUGGAAGUGAAUAUGACACGCCUAAAGCAAGAUCUGGUACGUUCGUCUUUUGAAGUAUCUGACUUUAAUGUUGCUCGUUAGUCAUUUAAGGGUUAGAGACUUCUUUUCUGUGAUUUAACCCCAAAUGAACCAAACGCACCGAGGCUUAGCUGUGUAAGACAAAGCCGGCCGGCAGUUCCUAAAGAAUAACGCUGCCACACUGUUCAUAGCCUGCGUAGCAUGGCGGUUUUGUAGGGAGCACGACUGAGCUGCAAAGUUGCAAAAACGCCCGCAAAGCGCGCGCCAACGACCCAAUCUCCUCACGGUUUCUCUGUCCUCGCAGGCCUUUUUUUUACUUUGCGCACCCAACCAAAACCGCCAUGCAACGCAGGCUACACUGUUCAAGAAACCUAAGGACCAAAAAAGUUAUGUAGUUAAGACGCUCUUUCGCAGUUUUAAACAUUGUAGCAAAAAAGCGUUUUCCAUCUUUCUAUGCAUAUAUAAGUAUUUGCCGACCGGUACAGAGAGGCUUUUUUUUCACCAAAUCUCCCUUCUAGGUCAAAGGAAAGAGCCAUGACGUAGAUGGUCACACCAUGUUAAUCUUCCAUAUAGAUAGCAAUUAAAUCUUUACAAUUGAUCCUUAGGUUCAUAAUUUGAAUGUCAGUUAUCAGCUAUCACUGUUCCUUGUCUCCUCAAACUAGGAAGAAAAAGCAAGAGAUUUAAUUUUUCCUCGUCAGUGCUUUCUACGAUCUUUUGAAGCAAAGUGUAAAGAAACUGAUGAAUUAGAGCUUAAGGUACAAAAGUACUUUUAAAUAACUUUUACUUUCGAUGUUAUAACUAAUGUUUUGCAUUGGAAGGUUCAGAAUUAAACCGCAAAGCUUUAUCACAUUACUUUGCACACUGCACUCUGCGCACUAAGUAACCAUUCCAUGCUUUUGCCGACUCUCGCCCAUACAUAUUUACUGCACGAAGUCUGAAAAUAAACCUAACUACCGUAGGUUUUAUGUAUAUAAAAAAGGAUUUUUUGCUCUCCAAAACAAGCAAAUUCGUACCCCUGUUCUGUUUGUUUGCUUUUUGCGCCACUUGGGCGGCCUUUCGGAAAGAUAAACCCAAAUAGAUAGACUGCGUUUCGCCUCUACAGGAUGAAUUUAGAUUUGCAUUUUACUGAAAGUUCGGAUUAAAGCAGGUAUUUUUCGUUUUUCGUUUGGUACUCUUCCAUAAAUUUUAGCGCAACUUCUGCGAAACACUCACAGAGAUUAUUGCUUAAAAAUGCCGACAACCAGUCACUUAAUCCUUUCAGCCCUAAGAGUAAUUGGAGUGGCAACACGUGAAUUAAGGACAUGUCCACACAGAUGAGUUUAACAGAUACUUUAUCAUCUUCUCCCCACUGCUUCUAAAGAAAAUGUACAGGUCGCAACAAUAAAUGAGGAAUUUACUUUUGAAACUGUGGUUGGUUGUAAUAAAUGCGACUUCAUUUUCCGUAACUAUAGGAACCGGCUGUCACCCAAAUUUGCAAGAAUGUGUCUUAGAAAUGAACAGAUAGUGAAAGAUACCAAUGCUGGCUUAAAAUCAUUUUAAAACCUCCGAGAAAAAAGUCACUUAUUGGGCUUCCAAUAUCUCUUCCCGUGUUGCUAGGUCUGAAGGUUAACAGUCCUUUUCAAAUUGUCAUCUGUCAUGCUGUUAUUGGAUGGUGCAACGGUCAAUAAUCUCCUUAAUAUGGUAUAUUUCAGAUGGAGAAUAUCCUCAAGAUCGUCAACGCAUCUUCAAGUACUAUUAAUUCAACUCUCCUCCAAGAGUUGAUCUCAGUGGGAACAGAUUUUGAAUCAAAGGUUAGUGUUCCUACAAAGAACAAUCUGUCUGACUUUCCUUACUCACGUCGAAAAAUGCUUAACUAUCUUCGAUCUCAAUGGAACAGACUUUCCGGGAAUAAUGGAGCACAACACUGAAAACAAACAAGUUUUUAAUAAAAAGAAAAAAGGAAAAACUCAAUCUUCGGAAGGCGAGGCCGGUUUGGCUCUUUUAGAAAAGUGAUAAAGGAGGUGAACUCAAAAUGGUCGAGAAACAACCCGUCAACGCGUGUUUAGAGCGCACUGGAUUCCAACACGGGACUGUCAUCAUAUACUGUACAAGUAAAUGAAUAUAUACAUAUUAUUAUUAUUAUUAUUAUUAUUAUUAUCAUUAUUAUUCUUAUUAUUAUUAUUAUCAUCACAUAGUCAUAUAAUGUUACCGUACGAUGUUGUUGCUUUUCUGUUUUUGCUUACAAAUAUAUCACGUAUGUAGACACAGAACAUCAGUCAAAGGCUUGAAGCGGCUGUAACUACUAUCAAUAGAAGUUUCUUUCAAGAGUUGUCUACUUUGAGAACAACUUUAAGCUCAAAGGUAAGUUUUGCUUUUUACUAUGACUUACUAUUUGUGGCAAGAAUUAAAGCUCGGCCGAUAGGUAGUUCAAAGCCUGUUUUUUACCGUUAGUUCUAAAGACGUGAACAUUUCAAAGUCAGCGCGAGCACUGUGUAUAUGUUUACUUAUCCAGGUGCAUGAACGGCGGUAUAACUGUAGCUACAGCUAAUGGUGCGGUAGGAUGAUAGGCUUAAAAUGUGAGAGAGAGAUGGCUGAGCAACACCUAGUAGCUGGCAUGAGUUACUGACUCCACAGUUGCAGUUGCUUCUCGUCCCAUGUAAUGGAAUCCGGACUUCGGAAUCCGAGAAAUUUUUCCUUGUGGAAUCCGGAAUCCCGUAGAAUUUUGGUCAUGGAAUCCGGAAUAGGGGGUUUUGGAAUCCGGAAUACAGCUCAAGGCAUCCGGAAUCCUAUUAAAGAUUGGAAUUAGGAGUCCAAGUUCUACUGACAAAUACUGGAAUCCAGUACCUGGAAUCCUCAAUCUACAGCGUGGAAUCCAGAAUCCAAGACUGUCUUGGAUUCCCUUACAUGGGGCGAUGAUUCAUUUAACCGAAGCAGAUUUCUGUCAGUAAGCUUAAGCAAACUAAAACUGCGGCACACUUUCAGCAUAGCAAAGGAUGUCUAGUUAUGGAAAGGGCUGGCUUUGAAUGUGCAAAAAUAAGAAGGUGUAAAAACACAGUAGUCAUCUUUAAGAGAAAGAAUAUCAUAUAACUCGUGUGUAUACACUGGCAUUAGAAUAAAAAAAAUAGCCGGCGAUAUUGUGAGUCUUAACGAGGUGCGUUUUGUAAAUGUAGGCGUGAUGAAAUACAUGUAUACAUGAGCACAGGCUCUGAGCAUGUGUCGCCACAGCUUUACCAGGAAAAACCUACGCUCUAGAUGUACGUCCAAAGUCAAUGGCGGUAAAUUAAUUUUUCAAAAGGCUUAUUAUAAGUUUUCUGUUGGUGCAUUCUUCCUAGAUCCAAAACAUCAAUGACGUGCAAGGUCCUCCGGGCCUUCCAGGCUCUCCAAGUUUAAAUGGAUCUAAAGGUGACACAGGUCAACAAGGAGCCCAAGGACCAAUGGGAGAGCAGGGUCUUCAGGGGGAUAAAGGAGAACCUGGAGAUAAAGGUGAUAGAGGAGCCAAUGGCACUGAUGGUUCUGCUGGACAAAAGGGUGAAAUAGGUCCUCCGGGGACUAGGGGAGAACCUGGAGUCAAAGGUGAUAGAGGAACUAAUGGGACUGAUGGUGUUACAGGACAGAAGGGUGAUAAAGGUCUUCCCGGGAGCAAAGGAGAGACUGGUGUCAAAGGUGAUGCUGGGAUAAAUGGUACCGAUGGUGCUAAUGGAACAAAGGGAGAUCAGGGUGUUCGAGGGGAGAAGGGAGAUUCUGGCGUGAAAGGUGAGGCAGGCGUAAAUGGAACCGAUGGUGCUGUUGGACAAAAGGGUGAUACAGGAGUUCAAGGUGACAAAGGAGAACCAGGGAAUCAAGGACCGCAAGGAAUUCAAGGCGAUACCGGUGGUCCAGGACCAAGAGGGAUCGGUAACUUCAGUUGCUGCCAGCCUAAAAUAAUUGAGCAAACACCACCUGUUACCAUUGCUGAUACUCAGGUAAUAUAGUUUAAAGCGUGUAAUAUCUGUAUUCUUAAGCAAGGAUUGCUCAUUAAAUUUUAGUUUUAAUUUUUCUAACCGAGUCUAAGUCUAAGUCUAAGCUCAUACUACAUAGCCUGCUAGCAAGCUCACUAGUGGUUCCGGGGGGAAAGAGCAGACUCUAGACUCCAGACCCUGAUACCAAAAGCAGAGAUGCUAUGUGCAUGCCUUACAGGUGAAUUAACUUAACGGUAUAUUUUUCAUUUUUUUUUUAUUUUCACAGAAUACAAAGUUCAUUGGAGCAUACUGCACAACAACUGAUGCUGAUGCAGAAUCUAACUUGCAAGUACUAAUACAAUCGCCGCCAAAUCACAAUAUAUAUUCAUGCGUUUGUAGAAGCUCUGGAGGGAACCCACACUGUGCACUGCAUUACUGGGCGUGCCCCAUUCACGCUCCAUAGCCAUUAUUAUUUACCUGAACUGGCACGUAUCAAGUCUUACCUACAGUCAACCUCUACUGAAAAAUACCUGGAAAAACACAAUAAAAAACUGCGGCCCCUUUUAUUUCUGAGACAUAUCCCAUAAGUGGACGUGAUCUCUUGAAUGGACGUGUUCUUAAGUGGACAGUAUAGCAUAGUAAUAAUUAUAAAUUCACCACAAGAAAGACGUGUCAAUAUUUAUAUUUGGACAAAAAUGGAUUGUAACAUAUGAAUGCCUCAGUAGCCAAGAAGUGUAGUUCUUUCGUUAUAUACGUAAGUAAUUUCUUUACAUCAAAUUGUUUAAGUUAGUAAUACUCGCCCCAUGACAUUCUAGUGGUCUACCCUACGUCCCAUCAAAGGUCAUUGGAGCAUAUUGCACAACAACUGAUGCUGGUGCAGAAUCUAAUAACUUGCAAGUACGAAUACAAUCGCCCCCAAAUCACAAUAUAUACUCAUGCAAGUGUGAGAAAACUGAAGUCUUAAUCCACCCUGUACACUGCAUUACUGGGCAUGCCCGACUCAUGCUCCAUAGGCAUGAUCUUUACCUGAACUGGCAUGUUUCGUUUCUCUUUGAAUUAGUCUUAAUUACAGUCAACCUCUCUUAAAAAAUACCUCCCCUAAACGGACAGCAAAAAACUUCGGUCCCCUGUAAUCUCAUAAACGGACGUGUUCGUAAGAGGGCAGUAUAAUAUAUCAAUAAUAAAUCCACCACAAUCAAAAACUGCUAAUAUUUAUAUUGGGCAAAAAAAGGAUUGUAAUAUGUGAAUAGCACAGUUGUAUUAGUAAAGGCGUACUUACUUUCUUUGUAUCAACUUAUUCUAUCUACCCCUCGAGGUCUUGGAGGUCUAUCCAACCUCCCAUCAGAGGACACCUGCGUCUGGUCCCGAAGGAUUUCCCUAGUGUGCCCACCUGCGAGGGCUAAACUGUAACUGCUCAUUUCUUCACGGCAAGCUCGUCCCCUACGCUUUUCCCUUCGGAGAUAAGGGAUCAGCCCAGGAUACAAGGCGUUUCCCAAUUACCAAUGCCAGAAUGUAGUUUAAAAAAAGGAGCAUAAUUACACAAUAAUAAUAAUAUUACAUAGUCCAUUUAUAUCUUUACGUAUGCGAACUUCUGGAGCUGAGCCAUAGAAAAGGUGAUUCAACGGAUUACAACGAAUUUUUUACAUUUAUUAUUGCCUACGACGUUUCUUUCGUAGUUGAAGAGGACUUGCUUCAAUUUAUAGAAUUUUUACCUGGUGUACAGUUGCUGUCAGUAGCUGUUUUAUGGUCAAUGAAUUUAAACGUUCAUAUUUUAUAUUUUCUUAUUUUUUUAAAAAAAUAAGAAAAUAAUUAAUUAAAAUAAUUACGUUAAUUAAAAUAAUCUUGUAUUAGGUCGUACUGAGACCGUAUCUACAGCUAGGUCUACAAGUUAAUUGGAAGUUAAUAAAAUGGC